UGAUACUGCAGAAAAUUUUUGGGGUGAAAAUUAUAGUAAUGGGUACUACGAAACCAUGGCUGGUGAACUUUCACAGCACGAACGGUGUUUUGAAUAAGCAAAUGAGCGCCGUCCACGAAAAGGGAAAAUUAAACUACCAGCAAAAAUUAAAUUUUACGUCGCACCCAGGAUGUUUCAGAGGCACCCAACUAUUCAUCACAGUGAACAAUGAUUUUGAACCAGAAUGGUUAGAGAGUUUAUACGAAGUAGGUGUAACUGGUGUUUUAAUAUCAAUGAGUACAUUUGAUAGACCAUUUGCUGAGAGUCUGUUAAAGAAACUUCAGAUUCAAAGUCAGUUAUAUAAUAAGAGCCGAAGUCAUUUCUGUAGCAAACUUAUUAUACUGGAAAUAGACUCGUCAAAAAUAUGCAUUGGAUCUUUAAAAAAUACGAAAAAGAAAUCUUUACGACUUGAAGCGAAUCAAACCACAACUCUUACUGUUGACGAAGCAUACCGAGAACAUGUGACUGAGGAUAUUAUUUUCGUCGAUUAUGAAAAAUUAACUAUAGCAGUAGAGCCAGGCGAUUAUGUUGUCUUUGACAAAGGCAUGGUAGUAUUAAUAGUUAAAAAUGUAAAUGAAAAAACAGUUGAGUGCACAGUGAAACGAGGAGGGGAUAUUAUAUCCAACGACACCAUAUUAAUACCAGGCGCGUUUAUUGAACUCCCUGAACUAAACAAAGAUUUGGAUUUAAUGGCAUCAUUUUUAACAGAAUAUUCAAUAGACGUCGUGAUUAUGCAUGGUAUACAAGAUAAAGAUACUAUAAUGGAAAUUGCAGAGUAUUUGAAGAAAAACAAACACGAAUCUAUUUAUGUUUUAGCUGCUAUUGAUAGUCUAAUGGGUAUCACUAAAAUGAUUGAAAUCAGUGCUGAAGCUGAUGGUAUUUAUCUCGAUGACAAUAAAUUGCUGUCGGAGGUUUCAAAGAAGAAAGUGUUCUUAGCAAAAAAGCACAUAUUAGGAAACUGCUUGAAAAGCGCCACUCCAGUACUUGCCGGAAUGCGCUUUCAAGACACAAAGACAAUUACUAAAGCUGAAAUGAAUGACCUUGCAUAUACUAUAUUAGAAGGUAUAGACGGUAUAAUUUUGUCUCCGGAAAAUUCCAACCUGGAAAUGGUGAUAAAUAUAUCAAAAAUUUGCGUUCAGGCUGAGGCAGCCGUCCAUCAGAAACAACUUAUGGAGCAAUGGAGAUGUGGUCAGAUCUACAACGCUUUGAUUUCUGUAUCGCUGUGUAUUGUUCAAACUGCUCAUAGAUGUGGAGCUGCUGCGAUCAUAUGCAUACCAUUGACCGGAGCAACCCCUAUUAGCAUUUCGUAUUUCAGACCUAAAUGUCCCAUAAUUACCGUAUGUAAGCAGAAAAAGUUGGCCAGGCACCUAAAACUGUUUAAGUGUUGCGACUCAAUUUUGUACAGAAACAAGAAUCAAAAGAAGAACAACACCAUAGAUCGCAAAUUGGAAUGGGGCUUAACCUAUGCAAAAUUUAGAGGAUAUAUUAGAGGAGGUGACGUGGUGAUUAUAGUUAGAGAACUGCCCCAUGAUUUUUCUGGUCCAAAUUGCAUUCAGUUUUAUUACGUACCCAAACUAAAAUAUGUUAGAACUUACGAAUAAAUUUAUUGGAAUAUCCA